CGUAAACAAAAGUAUUUUUUCAUCUUAAAAAUUAAAAUAUUAAGUUAAAAUGGCAGAUAGACUUACUCAAUUGCAAGACAUGGUUAAUCAGCAAGCGGAGAAUUUUUGCAACUCAAUCGGUGUCCUCCAACAAUGUUCUGUUCCAAGUAAAUUUACUGGAUUCGAAAGAUCUGGCUCUCAAACCCCUCAACAAAACAACAAUCAGGAAGAUUAUGCUCAACUAUUUGCUACUAUAAUCACAAGGUGUGCAAAAGACAUCGAUCAACUGAUAGAUUCCCUUCCAAAUGAUGAAAGCUCUCCAGAAUUGCAAGUACAAAGUUUACAGAUGCUAGAAGAAGAGAAUCGACUCGAGGCUGAACGUUUAGAGGAAGUAGUAAAGAAGGGAGAAGAAUUGCUGGAAAAAAUCCAAACCGUUCUUAGUGAUAUAGCCAAGCAUAUGAUACAACCUGAUUAAAUCUCAAUAAACAAGGAAUUUUGAUAUG